UAUACACAAUGUCUAACAUUGUGAACGUGUUCAAUCCUCCCCCUUCUAGGGACCUCACGCCAGAGGAAACAAAGGACUGUGUUCCUUGUCAAAUAAUGUCCACCUGCUUUGCGCUUGCAGCUGGUUAUUGGUUUGCCAGCGGAAGGGUGUUUGAGAAUGAUAAAAUUAGCGUUGAGGAGAAUCUAAAGAAGAACCCGAUAUGGUGGAGAAAUGCUGUUAAGGGAUUCGGCGUUGGGUUACUGGGGUUUGGUGUGGUGAGAGGGACUGAGGGAAUACUCUGGGGAACGAAGAGUGAAGUGCUUGAAUGAACAGGUCUACGGUGUUUGUUCUGUACAUAACGGUAAGUGCUAUAA